GGCAGCCGGCCAUGACGUCAAGACAUCGCGUUCAUCAAAAGCAGCGGUCCUUGAGACAGCCGCAAAUCUCGCACAGCUUCACUUUCGUUCUUCCAUCCGAAGAUAUGACACUUCCAGUUACGGGGAAAUCAGGAAAGGAUACACUUGCUGCACGUCUAGAGAGUGGCUUCGAAAAACGACCCGAUCCUAUCGCAUUAACCCACAACGCCGAUGAGUCACAAAACAGCCCUUCGGGGGUUGACUACGAGCCGCACCCUGAAAGUUCGAUAAAUUUGGAGCCUGGGAGGGAGAGAAUAGUACAAUCGAUAUGCAAUCUCUACUCUGGAAGCGCCAGCGAAGAAGACAUGAUGGUGUAUGGCAAAGAGGCGGUCUACGAUGAUCCAUGGAGCUACUGCGAUACGAGAUACAAGAUCGCUGGGCAGUGGUAUGGCAUUCCUAAACUCAUGAAGAGUAGUCGGACGAUCAAGACAGAGAUCGUUUCCUCCAAGCCCGAUGAAAUCAUCUUCAAGCUGCAGCAAGAGUACACACCCAAACCCUUGCCGAUUUCGAAGAAGGUUAACAGCUUGAUUACACUGACGCUCGAUCAAGAGGGCAAGGUGCGGUAUCACAAGGACAUGUGGAAUGAGAAAGACUACAGUCAUGAAGGCCUAGGCAAGAUCAUGAAGGAGCUAAACGGGGACCACUUAACAAAGAUUACGCGACCCCCAGCAGAUCUGUAAAGAAGCAGCAGUUCUCGGAAUAACGGUCUCGUUCACUACCUAC